UGGCUUAUAUGUAUUAAAAAAAUAAACAUGUCUUUUACUCAUACCUGCUGCAACACACCAGCGGUCAAAGCCGAGUACACGGCUAAGGGUGUAAAGGGCGCAAUCGGAGAUAUGGAGUGCUACUUUGCGGGUAACAAAGAGUCCAAGCGCGCGAUUAUCGUCACGUACGACCUUUUUGGAUACCACGCAAACGUUAUCCAGCUGUGCGACAUCCUGGGCAGCCAAGGAUUUUACGUAGUUCUGCCAGACUUUUUGCGCGGCAAGCCGCUCACAGAGGCGGAUCUGGGCAAACCCGGGGUGUUUGCCAAGUUUGCAGCCAACGAGGGCAGCUGGGCGGCCAACAAGGCAGCGCACAAGGCUGUGUAUGAUUUCUUGAAGGCCGAGGGUGUGACGUCGGUGGGCGUCAUUGGGUUCUGCUGGGGCGCACACAUUGCUGUGUCUGCGGCGUCGGAUGUGGAUAGGGGGUUUGGUGGCGUGGCGAUUGUGCAUCCGUCGAUGAUUUCGGAGGGUGAUUUGGGCAAGGUGCAGGCGCCGUUGCUGGCACUGCCAAGCAAGGACGAGCCGGAUUACUCCAAGGACUUUGAAAGCCUGAAGGACAAGGCGUUCUUUGACAAGUGCUACAUGGAGCGGUUUGACGAUAUGUUCCAUGGGUUCUGCGGAGCGCGCGGCGACUGGUCCAAGCCCGAGCAGGCCAGGCGUGCCAACGACGCAAUCAAGCUAAUUGCCAAGUUCUUCAACAAUGUUCUCUGAAUAUAGAUAAAGAAACAUAUAUUUUUUAUACA